UUUAGAAAUUAGGAAAUUAUCUCCCCUUUUACAACAAAAUUUGCGGGAAAUCACUUUGCCAGUGUACAAACUUAAACUAAUAACACGUUUAAACAAUUGAAAAUGGGUAGAAAAUCAGUAAAGUCAAAAGAAAAGAAGAUGAAGAGAAAAGAGGAAUCAGCAAAAAUGGCAGUGUCAUUGGAAAAAGUUGAUAAAGCAAAUAAAGUGCCAGACCCAAUGGAUUUUGUGAAACCAUUCAGAAAAUUUGACAGAAAUGGAUUGAGUUUGACCAUUGAGUUUAAACGUAUAGCAGAUAUGAGUGAAGAAGAAAUAGAAUGGGCAUUUGAUCUCACAAAGAAAAAUAUGCAAACAUUAUAUGAAGAAAGUGAAUGGGGAUGGAAAGAUAAGGACAAGAGAGAAGAAAUGACAGAAGAUAAAGCACUGUAUCUGAUAGCAAGAUACACAAAUAAUAAACCUGUAGCAUUUACACAUUUUAGAUUUGAUAUGGAGUUUGAUGAAGAAGUGUUAUAUUGCUAUGAAAUCCAAGUUAUAGAUGAUGUCAGAAGAAAAGGCAUAGGGAAAUUUAUUGUACAGAUAUUAGAAUUAAUUGCAUAUCAAACAGAGAUGGUAAAGGUGAUGUUAACAACAUUUAAACAUAACAAAGUUGCUCAGGGUUUCUUUAAAAACACAAUGAAGUACGUCAUAGAUGAAAUCUCACCAGAAGAUCCAUUAUUUGAGGAGGGCUAUCAUUAUGAAAUACUCAGUAAACCAAUCAAACAGAAACCAAACAAGACAGGUGAUGCCAGUAACGCCCAAUCAAAUAAAGCUGUUGUAGAACCAAUGCAGACAUCACCUGUCAAAGCAUCGUAGCAGACGCAUAAAGGCCUGAUCUGAUUGGACAAGAAUUUGAAUGAAUAUUCAUUCCAUGAACAAAAUUCACUCAAUAUUAAACAUCUAUAGAUGGUUGUGAUAUUCCACAUACAUUGAGAUACAAUUUUGUAAGAGCUGUGUAUUUCAUUGAUCAUGUACAUUUCAAAAAUAAAAUUGUUACAUUUU